GCAGUAUUUAAAAGCUGCACCUGUCUCUUAAUGUGAAUAGUAAAGGAGAGAGGGGUGGAAAAAUAAAAUAAUGCAGACUAGCUUUUAUAGUCACAAGUCACGUACAAACAGGGAAGCCGGAAAUACAAAUGCUCACGUUCCAUGGUUGGACUUUGGAAAUGUGGGUGCAGCAGCAAUUCCAAAUGUUGACUCACUACUUUGGGCAGUGAAAAGGGCUGAUGCCUGUAUACCUACAACAGCCAGCAUUGGAGUGGGUACAGAAUCAGAGCCUAACAGAGCAUGGGCUUGGGAGAAAAGAAACUACAGGCAUUGGAGUGUAUCUGCACCAGCUUCUGACUCUCCAGCUGAAUGCUGGAAACAAUCUGAAAUUGAAACAGAUGAAACAGUGUUGAGGAGGCGACAAAAGCAGAUAGAUUAUGGAAAGAACACCCCUGCCUAUCCGAGAUACCAGCAAGAAGUCCCAAAGAGACUCCGAGUGCCAGGAAUACACCCCCAAACUCCCAACAAGUACAAGAAAUAUAGCCGCCGCUCCUGGGAUAAGCAGAUUCGGCUGUGGAGGAAGGCACUCCAUGCUUGGGAUCCACCAUAUGAGCAGGAAGAUGGCCUGAAGUCAAUAAGUGGGAUAGGUAUUUGGUCUCCUCUACAUGGAAUGGACAAAGCAAAGAGGCCCCUGGAGCAAUGGUUUGGUCCCCUGUGCUACACCAAUGUGACUACAAGCAAUUCUUCAUUGAUGCCUGAUGAUCAGAGUCCCUUUCCAUCUCGUCCUUUUGACUUCUCCCUAAAUGGAGAUGAGGACCCCUUUGAAUUACUCAGGUAUCUAAGGAAAGGUCACAGUACUAACUGGACACAGUGGUAAUGAACAUUUCAACACAUCUUCCUGGCACUUCAAUCCAGAGUAUAGAGGAAGCAUUCUUAUAAAUAGAGCAAGAGGAUGGCUAUAUUUUUGAUCUGUGGAUUUUGUAUUGGAUUAUUUAAUGAACUUUUUAAAAAUUCAGCAGUUUUUCUAAACUUCAAUUAUCUUUAAAAAAAAAGAAGUAUUAUAUAUUUUGGGAGUGGUGAAGAGCAUGAAGGCCCCAUGUUUGCCCAGAUGUGAACUUAUUAUGGGCUGCAUCUUGGCUUGAGCUGGGAAUGUUUCCUCCAACUCCUACCUUCUUCCUGAAAUCCUUUCCCAAUGCAGGGUGGGGGGGGGGGGGAGGGGUGUGGAAUGGAAUAGAAUGGAUAUCUAUCUUUUGGAUAUGAGCAUGGCUAAGACCAAGUUUGUUUUAAAUUCUGAAAUUGCUGAAUUUUUCCCAACGUACUUCUGCAGAAUUCACCCUUCUAGUUGUCAUUGUGAUAGCAAAGCUUACUGUCUCUGAUCCUUCUAUGUAGAAUAGAAUCUAAACAUCCCCAAAACUUUUUUUUAAAAAAGUGAAGGAACAGAGACUCUAGCCAAAUUCCUGGCUACCUCGGUACUCGAAACAAGCCACUUAAUGGUGUAUGGAAGAAUAAAGAGAAGCUACCCUUAACAGCUUGUAGAUAUAAUUGUUAACUGUAAGUAUUCUGGUGUACAUUUAAAAAAUGUCAGUUCCUUUUUUGUUUUUAACCCCAAUAAGGGGUAAAAAUUGCUCUUUUGGCAGAGCAGGAAGGCUGAGUUUGAAUGUGUCCCUAUUCACUUAAACUGGCUCUGACCACACCCCAUGCCAACCUCUGUCAAGGGAUUUAUUUUCUCGGAGAUGGUUAGAAUGCAGAUGACUUACUAAAUUUACUUGAAAGAAAACACUGCAGAAUUAACCCAGGGGUUGAGUGGCUUCCGGAGUGACCUUUUUUAAUGUUGUUUUCUCACUUUGUUAACUUAUUUGAAGUCUUGCCCCAUUCCAAAGAGGUUUUGUUUAUUAAGGAUGAUCAUCUAAUUUUUUCUCACAUUCCACAACCAAUGGGCCUCUUUGGUCCUCGUAACACUCUCUCCACCCAUUCACCCCUAGCAGAAUCUCACAUCACAAUUCACUACAUGUCUGGUCUUUGGUCACUUUUUUGUAUGAGAGUUUCAUGAAACAUUAGCACAUAUCUUGCAUAGUUGUCAUAGGAGAUUAUUUUCCAAAUAUAUCUCAUUCUCUCUCAAAGGUGCCAGCCUCCUUAUGCCUGUAAGGCACCCAAACACCAGGCUAUGUUUUCUGCUUUGAGUUUGUUUUGCCAGUUUUUCUCCUCUGAACUUGUCUAACCCUGUUUGUCGGUAAAAUGAUCAAUGCCCUACAAGAUUUAAUCUUGUAGCUGAAUGACUUGAGCAAGAGUAAUCAUUGGCCCAUUGUUAGUGUGGACAUGAAAUGGAUUUAGCACAUUAUCUCCUGAUAUAUGGAGACAUGAAGUUGUGUACUAAGUACUCUGGGUCUCUUUGUAUCCUGUAGUCCUAAUUGUGCAAAAAGAAAUUGGGGUUCACAUUGUCACUCAACUUUUUUUGAAUCUGUAAAUGUUCUGUUUUAAGUGAUUUGUUUGAUAUCAGUGCUGUAAGGGUGAGUUUCUGUAACAUUGAUAAACCAGUAUAAAACAGAAAAUCUGAAGGUG